AUGACAUCUUUCACUGGUCCCUGGUCCAAGGACCUCGACGCGCUCAAGAAAUCUGUACACUCCAUGCCCAAGGAGUACAAACAUGCUUUCGCCAGCGCGUCGAAAGACACGUUGGAGAAGAUCUGCGAUGCUGAGGUUCUGCAUGUUUGGGAGACGGAUGCGGAUAUUGAUAAUCUGCUGCAGUUGACGAGUGUGAUUGCGAAGCUGUGUGAUCUUGGGUCUGGCAAGGAGGAGGAAGAGGGGAAGGGGAAAGAGGCCAAGGGGAGGAUGGUUAUCGUUGCCGAAGAGAAGGGAGAGAGGGAUAAUUUCAAGAGGGUGUGUGAGUUGGUCGAGUAUCUGACGAGUGUAGAUGGAAAAUCGCACCUCGACGGCACGGUAUGUGCGUUUGGAGGGAUCGUUGUGGUGAGGGGAUGGAACAACGCACUGCCCAGUGGAGGCAAGGAGGCAGAAAAGACAGUCAAGAGGAUCAACACUGCCAUUGAGCGCGUGCUCAAACUCGGCGGCCUCAAACAGAAAAAGAUUGUCUGGCACCACGGGCCCGUCAUACACUUCCUCCUCCACUGGAUCAACAGCACAACACCCACGCUCCGCAACGCCCUCCAUGCCAUAACAAUCACAAACGCCCUCGACCUAAGCAGCAGCGUCGCGCCCUCCACCGCAGGCAAACAAAACACACUCCCACACCUCCAGCACCUGGAACAAUACGCCCGCAAACUAAACAUCCCCGUGGUAUUCCUCGACCCCACAACCCAACUCAUCACCUUCCCCUAUCUGGGCACAUACAUGUACUUCUUCGCCUACUACCUCAACACCUUCCUCCCCCCCUCGCUCUCCCGCCCCCACCUCCACAAAGCCUACGACCAACUCGUCGCCUUCGCCUUCCGCCUCCACGGCGCAAGCACCUCCACAUACGGCGCCUCCGUCGUCAAACUAGUAAAAACGCACCUGGACCCCGCGACAGCACGCACAUGGGCCCGCACCUGCGUCGCCGCAUCGAGCUACACGAAAGAGCGCUGCCGGACCGCAGGCCGCGAGGCGGAAAUCCACCACGCGGUACAGCUAGCAGACAGUCCGUUUGCACUAUUCUCGCAGCCGACGACCACAGGUCCAGCAGCAUUCGCGCGCCUCGCCAUAGGCCCAGCGGCCCCCAUAGCGGACUCCCUCUACACCGCCGCACCAGUGCAUAUCUCCUUCGCCGAUGCCCGCCUCCGCGCUUCGUCCGCCACGCCCUUCCAUAUCCUCAUCCCCACCCCCGCCGCCUCGUCCGCUAAAUCCGAACAAGACGAUCUAGAGAAGACGACGAAUCGCAUCCAAGGCCUCAUGAUGGGCGUGCUCGAGCGCGUCCGACUGGCUAAAGGUAUGCCUACGCUCAGCCCCGCGGAACGCAGCGCGUGGAAAGAAGUCGAGAAAGCGUGUUCGUGGGCGAUUAAGGGGUGUGGGAAGCUGCCUAAGGGCGUGGAUGAAAAAGUUAAAUUCGUGCUGGAGAAACUGGGGAGGGGGACGUGGGGGUUUGUUGUU